ACCAAUUAUUUGUGAUACUCCUGCCAAAUCCUUUGUAACUGGCUCAAAAGGGCAUAAUGCAUAUUUUGGCUGUGGUAAAUGUUUUUGCGAGGAUGAUUAUAUUAAUCACAAAAUGGUUUUCUUGGAUGAAAAUGCCUCGUUGAGGACGGACAGCAACUUCCGCACUCGAGAAAAUGAAGAACAUCACAUUUGUAUUUCGCCUUUUGAAAACUUGGCUGUGGAUAUGAUAAAUAAUUUUCCGUUAGAUUAUAUGCAUCUAAUUUGCUUAGGAGUAAUGAAAAAGAUGCUGAAUUUAUGGGUCAAGGGACAUCAAAUGUCACGGUUACGUGCAGCACGUGCAGCACAAUUAUCAAGAGAUAUAAUAGAAUUACGUGAAUACAUACCCAUUGAAUUUGCACGUCGCCCACGGGGUAUUAAUGAAUUAAAUGAAUUAGAAGCCACAGAAUAUAGAAUAUUUCUUUUAUAUUUAGGACCUAUUAUUUUAGACAAAUAUCUGAAUGCGGAUUAUUUCCAACAUUUUUGCGUUUUACAUACUGCUAUACGGAUUUUAUGCCACCCAGAAGAUUGUUUUCGUAAUAAUUUAUACGCAAAUCAAUUACUGCUUUAUUUUGUCAAAAUGUUUAAAAUAUUAUAUGGCAAUGAUAAUUUAGUUUAUGGAAACAACCCCGGCAAAGCGCUCUAA